CAACCUAAUGUUAUAGAUAUUGCAACAUUGAUAGAAACAUAGAUACUGUAUGUUUAUAUUCAAUUUAUUGCGUGAAUAAAGUUUUUCCCGAAACGCACGAGAUUGAGCACUGUGAAUGACUACAAUAUCUACCUUGAUACAAAGGGAUCAUACCAACAGAGAUCAAAGCUGAAGAGAGAAAAUGUCAAAACCGGUUGUUGCUGCAGGGUUGGUUGUUUUCAGACGGGUCGCUAAAGAGAUUCAGUACCUGAUGUUACAAGCGUCGUAUGGAGAUUUUCAUUGGUCGCCUCCAAAGGGUCAUGUAGAUAAGGGCGAGACUGAGAGACAAGCUGCAUUGAGAGAAACAGAAGAAGAAGCUGGUAUAACAUUAGAUCAGCUUCACCUCUAUGAAGAUUUCAAAGAUGAAUUACAUUAUGUAGUUAGAGGAAAACCAAAAAAAGUCAUUUACUGGUUAUCUGAGCUCAAGAACCCAGAAUUUUCUGUGAAAUUGUCAAAGGAGCAUAAGGAUAUGAAGUGGUUAAAUAUAGAAGAUGCUGUAGAGAUUGCAAAGUAUGAAGAUCUGCGACAAACUUUAAAGAAAGCUCACUCAUAUAUCAGUUCUUUAGGCUCCUAGUAACUUUGAGAAAACAUAAACUUUAUUUCAUGGCAAGACUAUACAGUACAUUAAUUCCCUUCAAAUUCUUGAAAAAAGUAGAAUUACAGGCUUAUCUAUAUAGUUAAAUUACAAGUGUUUACAAAUCAGUUGAAAGUACAAUGUACAUUGUUUCAUUGCAAAUUCCUUUCGAGAUCUUGACAUUACAUUAGUUGGUUUGCAUGUAGGUACCGUAAGGUACACAAGAAUGAAGAACACUGACAAUUGAUAAUGAUUUAUUUGUGUCAUUGUUUUAAAACAAACAAUAAAAGUUGUAAAAAUA